UCUGUCUGUGACGGUAUCUUGUGGUGUGUUGUGAAGUGCUGUGAGCAGCUGUGAGUGUGAGUGAAUGAAGAAAAAGUCAAAAAGAUUUAAGAAUCGGUCGAUGUCUUUGCUUUGAUUUUUUUUUGUGGGUUCAUCAUCAUCAAUCAAGUUUUCAAGUUACUUACUUUCGAAUUAUCUUGCAAUGGGAAUUAUUGUAGGAAUUAUUAAAAGAAUUUUGAAAUUAGUAUUGUAUGGCGCACUUUUUGCGGCCUUUAUUGUUUUGAUACCUAAUCUGCCGCCUUACACAAAGUUUACCCGUAUCGAGCUCGAACCGACCCAAGCCCUGGUGGGUCCUUUAGCCCCUAACGAUGUUUUAAAUAAUGCAGAAGCUUUAUUCAAAGAUAAGUUGUUGGGGCCCGAAGUAUUUCAAAUAUGGAACGGAGAGAUAUACACGGGGCUCGCUACCGGUGAAAUUGUAAAGGUGUCACCGGGCGGUCACGUUACUUUCGUUACUAAAAUUGGACAACCGUGUACCAGUACACUCCAAGAGCACAUAUGUGGACGCCCCCUUGGUUUUGUAAUAGAUGAAAAAAACAAACUCUUAUAUGUCGCCGAUGCAUAUUACGGGAUUUGGAAGGUUAACUUAGUAACAGACAAGAAGCAACUGCUGGUGUCUCCGCGUGUGCCUAUUGAUGGAAGAAUCCCAAAGCUGUUCAACUCGGUUGCUUUAGAUAAGAACGGAAACCUUUAUUGGACAGAUUCCAGCACUGACUUCCAAUUAAAAGAUGGAGCUUUCGCCGCUCUUGUGGAUCCAACUGGAAGACUAUUCCACUAUGAUGCCGCCAAGAAUGUUAGCAAAGUCUUGCUUGAUGACAUAUGGUUUGCCAAUGGGGUGUUAUUAUCACCUGACAACGAUUAUGUACUAGUUGCAGAAUCAUCCAGAUUUAGAAUUAUCAAGUAUUAUAUAGAUGGACCAAAAAAAGGCACCUCAGAAGUUUUUGUUGCUGGAUUACCAGGGACUCCAGACGUUCUGCGUGCUCUCCCCGACGGCUCGGGCGUGCUAGUCUCGCUGUACGUCGCCUUCGACCACGAACGUCCCCUGAUCACCAAGACUAUGGCCGCCGCGCCGCUCGCUAGAAAGUUCGUGGCACGACUCGCGCGGCUUAUUGAAAUACCAUUCGAAUUCCUUCAGAGUCAAUUCCCGAAUUAUAUAUUCGAAAACAUCGUAUACCAGAUUGGCAAUUUCGGAAGUACAGGCAUGAUAACAAUUGGGAAAACAGGAUUGGUUCAAAUGGACUGGAAUGGCAACAUCGUAGCAUCAUACUAUAAUACUGACGGAAGUCUGCUUCACAUUAGUGAUGCGAUAGUUGUUAAAGACAAGCUAUAUACUGGUUGUCCGCAUUUACAAAACUACAUCGGUGUAGUACCAGCCCCGCCUCAGUUGAUAAAAGCAUUCACUAAAAAAGCACCUGUUCGGGAUCAGCCAAAAGUAGAAUCUAAACCACAGGAGCCAAAUAAACCUAAAGUUGAACAAAAGGCUAUACCCAAGAAUGAUAAACCUGUAAAGCAAACCACUCCUCCGACUACAACACAAAAACCAACAACAAAAGUCCCUAAAGAAGAGGUGAAACAAAAUACUGUUGACAAAAAAGUUGAUCCCAAGAGUGUUCCUAAACAGAAAGAAGAACCCAAACCCAAAGCUCAAGCUGAAGUUAGGAAAGAGGCUAAAGCAAUACCAAAACAAGAAGAAAAACCUAAAGUAAUACCAAAAGAGGCUAAACCAGAGCCUAAAGUAGUGGCAAAAGAUACUAACACAAAACCAAAAGUUGCACCACAAGCUGAAGCCAAGCCCAAAACCGCACAAAAGGAAGAUAAUUUACAAGCAAAAGCUACGCCACAAACAAAACCUGCAGAUAAAAAUCAAGAAUCGCAAGGAAAACCAGCUAAGGUAACGGAAAACAAAAUACCGAAAACCAAUGACGUAAAACCAGAAGCAAGUAAAAAGGAAUCUGUGCAAUCAAAAGUCACAGACCAGGCUGGCGCUAAAGCAACUAAAGCACCAGAAGCAAAAUCUCAAGCACAAAAUGUAAACACAAAACCAGCUACUGACCCCAAGAAACCAAAAAAUAAGGCUGAAGAAACCAAAAAGCCGAAGGCAGAAUCUAAAACAAUUCCGAUUGUAGAACAUAUCCCCUCAGACACUGCAAAACCCACAAAAGAAAAGUUAAAAGUCAUCAAAAAGAGUGGACCACAAGAAAUACCUAAUCCCAAUUUAUAAGGUUGUGGUAUAGUUUUAAUAUUUUAUUUAAAUUACGUACUCAUUAAUUUUAUUAAAAAAGACAAUCAUUUCAAUUUACUAAAAAAGACAAUCGUACUUUAUAAGUAUAUAUUUACAAAUUGUUAUUAUUUUAUUGUAUAUUUUGAAAUUGUUCAGAUGUUUAGAAGGUUGUAUUGUUUUAUAUUUUUACGUGGUUACCAUUCCGAGAACAUUCCUUUUAUACGUAGGUAGGUGUUUAUGGUAAAGAUUUUUUAGUAUUUGACAAAAUAUCUCGAGAUCUUUAAAAUAUUUUAAGUAUUUUUAACUUUUUUUUUGUUUUGUAUUUUGGUACCUACACGAAAAUUUACAUCAAAAUUAUUUAAAAAUUAAAAAAAAAAAGGUAUUAAAACGAUCUCGUUUUCUUUUUCUAUUUUUUUCUAUAAAAUGUUUUUAAUAUGGAUUUUAUUUUAUUUUAUAAAAAGAUAUAAAUUCGUGCAAUAUACAGAAAUAUCAUAGAUAAAUAAUAUACUUAGUGAAAAUCUGUCUUUUUUCUUUCUUCAUAAAGAAAUCUCAUAUUUUGUAACAGCAUACCUAAAAUGUUUUUAAAGAUUUUUUUUUAUACUUUAUAGUUGUAAUUAUAUUUGUUAGAAGGUUAUCUUAGAUACUAACGUCUGUUUAACAAGCAAUAAUGUUUUUAAUAAAAGGUUUUUGUACGAUA